CGGCCAGAUACAUCCUGCGAAGCCUUGGAAAUAUUCAUAUGAUUUUGUCUGGGAUUUUGAUCAACGGGAAAACCCUUUUUCGAAUCUUAAUCUUGCAGUCUGUUGAAUUGCUUGUUCCUGUGAGGUACAACUGAACUGUUGCUGGUGUCCCGAGUCCAAUCUUGCUGUCAUAGCAGCUAUGGGUCAAGAGGAUGGGUCAUCAUCCGUAAGUUCAUCACCUCUUCAGUUAUUCUCACUGAUGUCACUUUCACCUGGAUUGGGUUCACCAUAUCCAUGGCACCCGGGAAUGAAAUCCGAGGAGAGAGGAUUGUGCCUGAUCAAGCUGCUUGUCAACUGUGCUAAUCACAUAGCAGCGGGUUGUUUUGAUAAAGCCAAUGCUACCCUUGAGCAAAUUUCCCAUCUCGCCUCCGCUGAAGGUGAUGCAAUGCAGAGAAUUGCUGCUUACUUUACUGAAGCUCUUGCGAAUCGCAUGCUUAAAGGAUGGCCUGGUUUGCACAAGGCCCUCAGUGCUACCAAAAUUUCAUCUGUCUCUGAAGAAAUUCUAGUCCAGAGAUGGUUCUUCGAUCUCUGCCCUUUCUUAAGAUGUGCGUAUUUUAUCACAAACUUUGCAAUUAUUGAGGCUAUGGAAGGGGAGAAGGUGGUUCAUAUUGUCGACCUAAAUUCCUCUGAACCUGCUCAGUGGAUUGAUCUCCUUCAUGCAUUACGUCAUCGUCCUCAAGGGCCACCUCAUUUGAAAAUUACAGGCAUCCAUCAACAGAAAGAGGUGUUGGAACUCAUGGGUCAUCGACUGAGUGAAGAAGCUGAAAAAUUGGAUCUUCCAUUUCAAUUCAAUCCUAUAGUUAGUAAGUUGGAGAAUCUCGAUAUGGACCUUUUGCGUGUUAAGACAGGAGAAGCUGUUGCAGUCAUCUCCGUGCUUCAACUGCAUUCUCUCUUGGCAUCCGAGGAUGAGAUGGUUCGCAGAAACUCCCCGUCAAUGCCCAAGAGCUCGAAUUCUCUUCACCUGCAAAGUCUGUUGAAGAUGAAUUCACUCACUCUAAGAGAUUUCCUUGUAAAAGAUGUGGCUAAUCUGUGUAGCCCAAGUCCUGAUUCAGCAUCGCCAUUGUCAACGCUAUAUUAUGCCUCUUCACCAAACAUGAUAAAUUUUCUGAAUGGCCUGAGGCAACUUUCACCAAAGUUGGUGAUGGUGAUGGAGCAAGAAUCUGACCAUAAUGGCCAUAGUCUAGUUGAUAGAGUAACGGAAGCAUUGAACUUCUAUGGAGCAUUGUUUGAUGGCUUACAAUCUACCGUGUCAAGGGCAUCAGUAGAGCGUUAUAAGGUUGAGAAGAUGCUUUUCGGAGAGGAAAUUAAGAACAUCAUAGCAUGUGAGGGGUUUGAACGAAAGGAGAGACAUGAAAAACUUGAGAGGUGGAUUCCAAGGCUCGAGUUCGCUGGGUUCGGGAGAGUCCCUUUGAGUUACCAUAGUAUGUUGCAGGCAACAGGGUUGUUGCAAACCCUAGGCUAUGGCGGCUAUAACAUAGAAGAAGAGAAAAGAUGUGCGAUUUUUCGCUGGCACAAUAAACCCCUUUUCUCCAUUUCAGCCUGGAGAUUUGGAAAGUACAGCUGAAAAUUGAAAUUAUUCUUCGUGCCGGAAUCCAGUUUUUUUUCUUUUUCUUUUUCUUCCUUUUAUUUUGUGUAAACAUCUAUACAAUCGAUCUUUGCCCCCGGAUGCCAAUGUGGAGGUUUCUUUCUUUCUUUUUUCUUUUUCAGACAGAGGUUUAUAUUGAUGAUGUUCUAUGUUGUUCAUG